AUGCAUGUCCCAUGCUUCACGACCGGGGACUUCAAGCCGCAUCACUUGUUUCUGGAGGAUGCAGAGUACGGCCGCGCACUAGAUGCCCUGGUGAAAGCAGUGUCGGACAUUCUCGUCACUUCACCGGACGGUUCUCAUGUUUUCCUGGGCAAGCGCAAGGUGCAUCCACAGCCGGACUGGUGGUUCAUUGGUGGCCGCGCCAAGCCAGGCGAGACGCCGCAGCAGGCAGCUUCACGGAAUCUCCGGCGAGAGUUGGGAUUGGAAGUCCCCUCAUCGCGCCUGAAGGUUAUCGGCUGCUACUCCCUAACAUGGGCCGUGCGAGCUCAGGCUCCUGCAGACCACGGCACAGCUGACAUCUCCACCGUGCACAGCAUGGUCUUGCAUCCGGAGGAGGAGAGACAGCUGAAGAUUGAUGAGGAGGAAUAUGCAGAUCUUCGGUGGCACACCAAGCAAGAGGUAUUGACCGGUGAAUUCCACCCCGUGCUCAAGCAG